AUGGCCCACGACGCGAAGCGCGUGCCGGGCCAGGGGCCAGGGCCGCCCGGCGCACUAGCGAGGCAGCGGCGGCCACCGACCGAGGCCGCCUUUGACUCUUUCUAUGAUGCAUUUGUCGGCGUCCGCGAACGGGGCCCGUCACGAAGCGUAUCGCCCGACGAAGUGCGGCGCGUCGCGAGCUCGAGUGCCGUGCCGCUCAGCAGCGUUCCGCCUCGCUACCCCCGGCGGCCGCCAGCGAAUGAGAGCGUGACAAGUGCGAGUGAGGCGGACUCUGCCACUGAUACCCCCCGCCUCGCGAGCGAGCAGCCGGUAGACGCCGACAACCCAUUCUUGUCCACCGACGCGGAUCCUCCGAAACGCAAACGCGGCCGGCCGCGCAAAUACCCCAUUACGCCGUCCGAAGAAAGUGCGCGUGCGGCGGUCAAGGCGUCGCAAAAUAUCCCUCCGUGGUCGGUCGUCGAGGCCGUCGACCGCCCGCCAGUGUACCCCGAGACGCAUAUCUUAAUUGGGCGGCAUUGCCCCCCUCGGCCAUCAUCGUGGACGUCGCCGGAACGUGCACGGCCUGCGCGCCCGCCUCAGUGGCACUAUUACCGGCGGCCGGUGCGCAUGGAUCUCCAAGGAAAGCGGCGUGACGGCGUGGCGCCCGAGCCGAUUCCUCCUGCCCCUCCUGGCCGCCGCGGGCGGACGCGCGUCGAUUAUACUGCGCUGCUGCACUGGCAGUUUGUGUGCCGUGCGCGUGGCGAGCAGCUUGAUCCCCUGACGCUCUGGCGCGCGUGUGUGCGCCGCUGGCACGCCGAGCACGGCCUCGAGUACGACGACGAGGAGUACGACGAGGACGAGUACGAGGUGCUUUCCGACACGUCGGAUGCUGCGCCGAGCGCUGCCGUGUGGCCAGCGACGCCCAGCGAGCGUCCGGCGCGGCCCCCCGUCUCUCGAAGCACCACGCCGCCGUACACGCCUCCUCAUGGACUGCUUGCAUAG